AUGACUAUAUCAAAAUGUCUAGGAGCAGAAGAUUGUAUUGUAAUGGGGAACAAGCAUAUCUACAUUUUGAAAUUUGGAACUGAAUUCGGGGAGAGUGGGGCAAGAGCCGAUCCAGAGGACACUCUGGGCAAUGGGGCCAGCACAGCUGUCCUGGGGUUGACGUAUCAGUGGUGCUGCCAGCAGAAGAGGGAUUAUGUGUCCAUCCCCUGCCCCCUCUCUCCCAGAGAAGGACCCAAGCUUUUGCUUUUCUCAGAGGGUAAAUGCGUGUUCCCGUUCAAGUACAAUAACUCCUAUUUCCACGACUGCAUUCGCCUGAGGAGAAAACACAAGUGGUGCUCACUGAACUCAACUUACCAAGGCUACUGGAAAUAUUGUUCUGAGGAUGAUAUGGCCCAAUGUGCAUUUCCAUUCUGGUACCGACGAUUAAUCUACAGGUCAUGUACUGAAGACGGAGAUGCAUUCGGAAAAAAAUGGUGUUCACUGACCAAAAAUUACAACAAGGACAGGGUGUGGAAAUACUGUUAG